AUGGUUCAAUAUUCACUGAAAAAGUUGGCACAAGCCAUUCUAUGUUACAGCUUAGCCAAAUCAGAAUACCAAGGGAUUUACGACGUAACGAUGCGACUUUUGAUAAAAAAAUGCGCCAGCUAUCAGAUUGAGGAAUUGACAAAGAGAAUUGAAGAACUUAAGAUGAUUGCACCUACGAAAAUCUCUACGCCAUCCUCGACCAUGGCUUCGAUGUCCGUUUCUACUAGAUUGUCGCCUAUGUAUACAUCUGCGUUAACAACCCGCUUUACAUCAAACUCUGUUGUAUUACCGACAGAAAAUAGUCCACUACAAUCAAAACAAUUAGCACAAGAAAAAUCUCACGAUGAUAAAGAAGAAGAUCCAUUUACCAUAUAUCCCAAAUUUCAGUCGCAGGUGAAUAAAUUAGCACCUAGCUAUGGGCUUGCAGUGGCAUAUUCCAUAGUUCCAAUGGAUGACGAGCAAUCUUCACCUAGUAUGUUUAGCUCGGAUGAGAGCUUUACAAUUAUAGAAGGGGAUGACUUUACCGUCGAAAAGCUAGAACAUGAGGAGUCGCUGCCUUUAGAAGAAUAUGAAGAUGGAACCAAAAAGGAAAGGAAUUCGGUUGUUACACAUUCACAAAUUAUUACGUCUACGAGCUUAGAGGAGCUGAAAAGUGAAAAAGCACAAAAAUUCACCGCUUAUGCGAGUACUACUGAAUCUGAAGAGCAAGCCGACGAACCACUGGACCCAAGAAGUAAACUUUCACGGCAGAAAACAGAAACGGCAGUGGAUUUUGCUAAACGAAAAUCUAAAGGAAAGGAUUGGAUUAAGGAAGAAACUACCGAUAGCAGUACUACGAGUAGCGUCGGAGAAAUUUUAGACUCCCAAGAGGAUAUGACUCAAACUUCGAAAGAAGAACUUCAGGAAGCUUUCCCUGACGCACGGAAAGAAAUCGAAGCUUCAGCGACUCCAAGCGCUGAAAGUAAAGCAAAGCUUGAACGACCGAAGCGCCCAGAACGAAAGAGAAGCAGGUUUUUAAUGCCUUUCUUUCGAACCUUUUCUGGAAGGAAAAAGAAGGUUGAAGAAGAGAAAUCUCCAGAGUCUUCCGUAGAUUCUUCAACUGCGCAACUUACAAUGAAUUCACAAGUAAAGAUUGAACAACUCGAGACACAGAUUGCUACUUUACAACGACAACUGGAGCACUUUCAGGUACAGAAUCCUUAA